AUGAAUAAAUAAUUCAUCAUAUUUGCAUUGUUGCUUGCCUUAGCAACAUGUCAAACUUACAGUAUAACAUCUUGCACAUGUGCAUAGUUGUUAUCAGAAGGAGAUUGUAUAAAAAAUACUUAACUUGGAUGUUCUUGGGAUAGCACAAAGAAAUCUUGUGCAGUUUCAACUACUCCCGUCACUCCAACAGUGACUUAUGCAGCAUAUUGCGAUUCUUUUGCAGAAGCUGAUUGUCCAAAAGCUAAACCUUGCACAGAUUGUGGUAGCUAUGCUGCCUGUGCCUGGGUUGGAGGAAAAUGCACACAUUUCACAGGAUGUACAGCCUUUGCAAAAACAACAGAUCCUGAAUGUUAAGCAAUUAGUAAUAGAUGUAUUACAGAUGGAACUCAUUGUGUUGAACUUGAUGCUUGUAGCACAUACAAGAAACAACUUCCUUGUGUCAAAAACGCAGCUGGAAGCUUAUGCUAUUGGGAUACAACAAAUAAUACUUGUGUAGAUGCUAAUAAUUGUGAUAGAUUACCAAUUACAUUUGUUACAGAUAAAGAAUGCAGAGAUGUGAUAUCAACUUGUACAACAAAGACUGGAGGUGGAUGUGUUGAUAGUGGAAAUAAUUGUAGUGAUUAAACAUUAGAAAUUUAAUGUGUUUGGAAUAAAUUAAGAUCAAUGGCAUGUUAUUGGGAUGGAGCAGCAUGUAAAGAUAGAAUUUGUGAUAAUGCACCAACAACAUUAACAACUGAUGAAACAUGUAAAACCUUUAGAACUGAUGGAACAUGUACAACUAAACCAAAUGGAGGUUGUAUUACUAGAACUACUUGUGCAGCUGCAACUAUCUAAGCUGCUUGUAUUAAGAAUAGUUCAGGUGGUGAUUGUUAUUGGACUGGAACUGCUUGUGUUGAUAAGAUAUGUACAAAUGCCCCAACUACUAUGACAACUAAUUCAGCUUGUGCUGGAUUUGUAACAGGAUGUAUUACUAAAUCAGGUGGAGGUUGUGUAUCUAAUGGAGCUUGUUCAGCUGCAAAUGUCUAAGCAGCUUGUGUUAAAAAUUCAUCAGGAACUGAUUGUAUUUGGGAUACAACAUGCAAAGAAAAGACUUGUGCUAAUGCACCAACAACUAAUAAUACUCAUGAAUUAUGUUCAUCAUACUUAUCUACAUGUACUGUUAGAACAGGAGGUGGAUGUCAACCUAGAACUUGUGCUAAUGCUCCAACAACAUUAACAACUAAUGAUGCAUGUGAAGCAUAUUUACCAAAUAAUAACUGUAUAACAAAGACUGGAGGUGGAUGUGUAACAAAUACUACAUGUUCAAAUAUCACUUUAGAAGCUGCUUGUAUAAAGAAUUCUUCUGGAGCUGCUUGUUUCUAUGAUACUGUAAGUUUAAGCUGUAAAGAUAAGAUUUGUACUAAUGCUCCAUCAACUAAUAUUACACAUGAUUUAUGUGUUGCCUUUUUAUCAACUUGCACAGUAAAUUCAACAAAUGCUGGUUGUGUAGAGAAAACAUGCGAAAAUUCAUUGGCAUAAACAAUUUGUGAUAAAGAUUUGAAUAAUAGAGCAUGUAUUUGGAAAGGAAAAUGCUAUAAAAAAGAAUGUGUAUUAGCUUCAUCAACCUCAGCAACCCAUGCAGAUUGUUAAAAUUAUGAUUCUAGUUGUACCUUGAGUAAUACUGGAUCUGGAUGUGUUCCCAUACCCCUUAGAUGUGAAGCCAUUACAAUUGAAUCUGCAUGUAAUGUUAGAUUAUAAGUUACAAAUGGAGUUAAAUCAUACUAAGCAUGUGGUUGGAAUGGUUCAUAAUGUAUUGAUAAAGCUUGUUCAACUGCUCCUAGAACAUCUACAACAACAACUGAAUGUGGCAAUUACAAAUCAGGUUGUGUUGCUAAUAAUCCAGUAAAUGGAUCAAUUUCAGGAUGCUAAGAUUUACCAACAACUUGUGCUGCUAGAAGAUCAAUUGAAAAUUGUGAAAUUUCAAGAACUGGAUUGCCAACAUGUUUAUGGAAUACCACUACAUCCACAUGUGUUGAGAAGUCUUGUGCCACUGCUAGUGUUGCAGGAUUACCAGGAGUACUAGUAACAUUUAGUUUCAACAAUUGCCAAAAUUAUUUAUCAGUAUGCACAGCAACUAAUGCUUAAGGAGUAUGUACAAAUAAUUCAAGGCCAUGCAUUUCAAACAAUGAAUAAACAGGAUGUGUUGUUAAACCCUCAAGUUGUUCAGGAUUAAAUUCUUAAAAUUGUUAAGUUGGAUCAAAAGCAAAUGGAGAUUGUUAUUGGAAUGGUAGUAGUUGUGUUGAUAGAAUUUGUACAAAUAUUUCUUCAAAUACUCAUAUUGGUUGUUAAAAUGUUUUGAAUACAUGCACAGUUAAUAAUGGUAGAACAGCUUGUUAANAAUGCACCAACAACUAAUAAUACUCAUGAAUUAUGUUCAUCAUACUUAUCUACAUGUACUGUUAGAACAGGAGGUGGAUGUCAACCUAGAACUUGUGCUAAUGCUCCAACAACAUUAACAACUAAUGAUGCAUGUGAAGCAUAUUUACCAAAUAAUAACUGUAUAACAAAGACUGGAGGUGGAUGUGUAACAAAUACUACAUGUUCAAAUAUCACUUUAGAAGCUGCUUGUAUAAAGAAUUCUUCUGGAGCUGCUUGUUUCUAUGAUACUGUAAGUUUAAGCUGUAAAGAUAAGAUUUGUACUAAUGCUCCAUCAACUAAUAUUACACAUGAUUUAUGUGUUGCCUUUUUAUCAACUUGCACAGUAAAUUCAACAAAUGCUGGUUGUGUAGAGAAAACAUGCGAAAAUUCAUUGGCAUAAACAAUUUGUGAUAAAGAUUUGAAUAAUAGAGCAUGUAUUUGGAAAGGAAAAUGCUAUAAAAAAGAAUGUGUAUUAGCUUCAUCAACCUCAGCAACCCAUGCAGAUUGUUAAAAUUAUGAUUCUAGUUGUACCUUGAGUAAUACUGGAUCUGGAUGUGUUCCCAUACCCCUUAGAUGUGAAGCCAUUACAAUUGAAUCUGCAUGUAAUGUUAGAUUAUAAGUUACAAAUGGAGUUAAAUCAUACUAAGCAUGUGGUUGGAAUGGUUCAUAAUGUAUUGAUAAAGCUUGUUCAACUGCUCCUAGAACAUCUACAACAACAACUGAAUGUGGCAAUUACAAAUCAGGUUGUGUUGCUAAUAAUCCAGUAAAUGGAUCAAUUUCAGGAUGCUAAGAUUUACCAACAACUUGUGCUGCUAGAAGAUCAAUUGAAAAUUGUGAAAUUUCAAGAACUGGAUUGCCAACAUGUUUAUGGAAUACCACUACAUCCACAUGUGUUGAGAAGUCUUGUGCCACUGCUAGUGUUGCAGGAUUACCAGGAGUACUAGUAACAUUUAGUUUCAACAAUUGCCAAAAUUAUUUAUCAGUAUGCACAGCAACUAAUGCUUAAGGAGUAUGUACAAAUAAUUCAAGGCCAUGCAUUUCAAACAAUGAAUAAACAGGAUGUGUUGUUAAACCCUCAAGUUGUUCAGGAUUAAAUUCUUAAAAUUGUUAAGUUGGAUCAAAAGCAAAUGGAGAUUGUUAUUGGAAUGGUAGUAGUUGUGUUGAUAGAAUUUGUACAAAUAUUUCUUCAAAUACUCAUAUUGGUUGUUAAAAUGUUUUGAAUACAUGCACAGUUAAUAAUGGUAGAACAGCUUGUUAAGCAUUAGCUACUGCUUGUACUUCUUAUGGAUCAGCUGAAAAUUGUGUAAAAAUUGCUAGUGGAAAAAGUUGCAUAUGGACUGGAUCAGCUUGUAGAAAUGCAACUUGUGCAGAUGCAUCAGAUAGUGCUGAUUUUGAUGAUGAUUCAGAGUGUUCAGGUUAUCAAACACCAAGCGAAACAUGUACAGUUUUAUAUAAAACUGGAGGAUUAGGAUGUGUGACAAGAUCAGCUAAUUGCAGCGACUAUGCAUCAGAAGCUUAAUGUGUGAGAACUUUAACAGCCAACUCAAAUGAUUGUACUUGGAAAUCUGAAUAUGAAAAAUGCUUUUCUAAUACAUAUCUUCAAGGUGCAUGCUCGACCUUUACAGGAAACAAAACUUAAUGUGAAUCUAUUAAAACAGGUUGUACCAAUACAGUAAGUGCUACGUCAUCAGAUGCUUGCACUUUUUCUUGUGCUUUAAUCACUGGAUUAAGUACUCCAAAUAACACUCACUAAUAUUGUUAAGGAUAAAGUGCUACUUGCACUCUUGAUUAAGCAGGAACUGCAUGUUAAGCAGUAUAAGCUACUUGUGCUGCAUAUGGAGCAACAUAAACUAGUUGUUCAUUCAGAACUGAUGGUUUGUAAUGUCAUUGGAAUGGUACUGCAUGUGUUGAUAUUACAUCAGCUAAUUGUAAUCUCAUUACCGGAUUGUCUGGUGGAACUGCAGUUUAAGCAACUUGUUAGGCGUAUAGUACUGCCUGUCAUAUUAAUGGUACUCCAGAUGGAUGCUAAGCAUUAUAAGCUACUUGCGUUGGAUAUGCAACAACAGAAGCAAAUUGUACAAAAAGAACUGAUGGUUUGAAAUGUCAUUUUGAUGGUACUAAUUGCUUAGAUAUUGCAUCAGCCAAUUGUAAUCUUAUUACCGGAUUGUCUGGCGCAACAGCUAAUCAUGCACAUUGUUAAGGAUAUAGUGCCACUUGCACUCUUGAUAAAGCAGGAACUGCAUGUUAAGCAGUAUAAGCUACUUGUGCUGCAUAUGCUGGAACAGAAGCAGAUUGUUCAUUCAGAACUGAUGGUUUGUAAUGUCAUUGGAAUGGUACUGCAUGUGUUGAUAUUACAUCAGCUAAUUGUAAUCUUAUUACCGGAUUGUCUGGUGCAGCUGCAGUUUAAGCAACUUGUUAGGCGUAUAGUACUGCCUGUCAUAUUAAUGGUACUCCAGAUGGAUGCUAAGCAUUAUAAGCUACUUGUACUGUAUAUGCUGGAACAGAAGCAAAUUGUACCAAAAGAGCUGAUGGUUUGAAAUGUCAUUGGAAUGGUACUGCAUGUGUUGAUAUUACAUCAGCUAAUUGUAAUCUAAUUACCGGAUUGUCUGGUGCAGCUGCAGUUUAAGCAACUUGUUAAGCAUAUAGUACUGCCUGUCAUAUUAAUAUUGCUUUAAAUGCAUGCAUUGCCUUUUCUACAUGUGAAGCACUCACAGGUUCUGGCUUAACUUGGUCUACUUGUUAACGUUAUAGUGCUACAUGUAGUGUUAGAAGAGAUGGAAACGGUUGCAUAACAAUACAACCAUAAUGUUCUGGGUACUCAACAAUAACCAGUUGUUAUAGAUCAACUGCUGGAUAUUGUACUGCUAAUAGCGGUGAUUCCUCCUGCCAAUCCAUAACAGCUUCAACUACUUGUGAGGCAAUAAAAUUAGGAACAUUUACUUUUGAUGACACAAUAUGCAAUGAAUUGAAAACUGGUUGUAUAGCAUAAGGAACUACAGGAUGCUAAACCAAGACAUGUGCUAAUAAAACAACACCAUUUACUCAUUUAGCUUGUAAUACUUGGUUGAAUACUUGUACUGCCAAUGCUGCUAUAUCACCAACUGCUUGCGCAACUUUGCCAUCCACCUGUGCCAGUUAAACUGCAGCAACAUGUGUUUGGGCUGUUGAAGGUGAAUGUGUUGUCUCAGGAACAUCUUGCGUUAGAAAGACAUGCGAUACAGCUGCCGCAGAUUCAAGUUUUGAUACACAUGCUGAUUGUAUUGGAUAUCUAUCUACAUGCACAGUUGCAAGAUUAGGAGGUUGUUAACCAAGAGCUGCUUGUUCAACAUAUAAAUCAAGUAAUUAAUGUAAAUUUAAUACAACUGGUGGAAAGUGUUUCUGGAAUGCAACAAAUAAGACUUGUGUUGAUUUGAAUUGUGGUAAUAUUGAAGCAACAUCUUCAUACGAUAGUCAUUCUGAAUGUGUAGCAGUUGAUGCAACACUAUUAUGUACAGUAAGAGCUACAAAUGGAGCAGCUGCCCCUGGUUGUAUGGCUAGAGGAGCCUGCAGUUCUUAUUAAAUUGAGGAUUAAUGCAAAACUAAUUCAAGUGGAGGUGUUUGCGUUUGGAACACAAAUUUAGCCUAAGCAGUAUGUUAAGAUAAAUCAUGCACGACUGCCCCAACUGCAACAGCAACCCACGCUGAUUGUGAUUCCUAUUUUUCGACCAACACUAUUAGAUGCACAGUAGUUGCCACACCAGAUGCUAAUGGUGGUGCACCAGUUCUAGGAGGUUGUCAAUAAACAGCAGCCUGUGCCACAUAUAUCCAUUAAGAAUAAUGCAGAUUCAAUGCUUCUGGAGAACUUUGUGGAUGGAAUGGCACAUUAUGUGCAGAUAAGUCAUGUGCUACUGCACCUGCAACUGCUGAUUAUGAUGAUAAUGAUAAAUGCAGAGCUUAUUUCAAUAAUAAAUGUACAGUUGCAGAAUCAGGAUAAGGAUGUGUUGAUGUACCAGAUACAUGUGAAACUAUGGUAGAAAAAUAAUGUGUUACUGAUAAAUCUGGUAGAUUAUGCUAUUGGAAUGGUACAGGUUGUAUUACAAGAUCUUGUGAUAAUGCUCCAGAAGCAACAGUAUCUGCAGAAGAAUGUAAUACUUAUUUAUCUGGAUGCACUUUAGAUGCAUUAGUAAAAUGUAAGACAAAAGUUUGUGAAGAUUUUGCUUUUGCCACUGAUGCUUUAUGUAGAUAAGCUUUAAGCACAUGUACAACAAAUGGAACAAAUUGUAUCACAAGAGGAACCUGCUUUUAAGCAAUGAGCUAAGCUGGUUGUGUUACUUCAGCAACAAAUCAAUAAUGUGAAUGGAUGCCAGCUGUUGGCAGUAAUUAAGCCUAUUGUACAGUGAAAACAUGUAAUACUGCCCCAGUUACUUUAACUUCUGAAGCAGCUUGUGCAGGUUAUUUCACUAAUUGUACUACAAAGAAUGGAGGUGGAUGUGUUACUAAAUCAACUUGUGCAGCUGUUACUAUUGAUGCUGCUUGUACAACUGCUCUUAAUGGAACUAUUUGUGCUUGGGAUAGUGCAUAAAAUAAAUGUAGAGACAAAGAUUGCUAAGAUUUUAGUGGAACUACUCAUGCUGCAUGUUAAGGUUAAAGAGCUGGAUGUACUGCUGGAGCUAAUGGAAAAUGUGCUCGAGUUUAAAAUUGCGAACAAACUACAUUAAGAAGUGCAUGUAUUGAAGGAACAAAUGGACCAUGUUUAUGGGUUAAUGAUUUCGUUAAUACUGAUGGAUCAACUGGAGCUUGCUUUAGAUAUACUUCAUGCAAGAGUUUGACUUGGAAUUCUGAUAGAUAAUGUAAAUGGCUAAGUAAUUAAUGUACAACAAAUGGAUCUAAUUGUGUUGGUAUUACUUUAUGUUCUGAAACUAAUACUGAUGGUGGAUGUGUCACAGGAUAUGAUGGAGCUUGUAUAUAAUCAGUACCAGCUUUGAAUUCUGCAGAUCCAAAGGUUUGUAAACCAUAUACAUCUUGUGCUGAUGCUUUCUAUACAACUCAUUCCGAUUGCUAAAUUGCUAGUAGUAAAUGUACAACAAAUGGAACUACUGGUUGUAUUGCAUUAGGUGCUUGCUCAUCUUAUACUUCAUAAGCAGGAUGCGUUUUCAAUGAUAAGGGAGCUGUUUAUACAUCUGGAGUCAUCACUUCAACUGGUAUUUGUACAUGGGAUGCAACAGCUAGUAGUUGCAGAGAUUAAUCAUGUGCUGAUUUGACUGGAACAAACCAUGCAGCAUGUUCUUCAUAAUUAUCAACAUGUACUUCUGAUGGAACAACAUGUUUAGUCAAAGGAGCAUGUUCAUCAUAUGCAACUUAAACUGCCUGCACAACUGCUAUUGGAUCUGAUGGUGUAUGCUAUUGGGAACUUGCAUCUGCUACAAAUAAUAAUACUGCUAAAUGUAGAUUAUUAGCUUGUGCUGAUAUUCAAAAUGGUACAGCAACAAAUGUUUGUUCAGUAGCCUUGUCAUCAUGUGUAUCAGAUGGAACAGCUUGUAUUACAAAAGCUAAUUGCUCAACUUAUAAAACUAAGACAGCAUGUAAUUCAGGUGGAUUAGAUGGUAUUUGUGUAUUCACUUAAUCAACUGCUACAGGAGCUGUUGCAGGUACUGGAACUUGUGCAUUAAUGACAGCAUGUACUACUGCUAAUAAUGAUUAAACAGCUUGUUAAUAAGCUAGAGAUAGAUGUUCAUGGACUGCAGCAUCAGGAACUGGUGCAACUGCUGUUGCUAGUAAAUGUGCAACUCAUACUUGUGCUACAAAUUAAGCAACAAAUGGAGCUUGUACAAGAUUUUUGAAUUGGGAUAGAAAGACUUAAUAAGUUUGUACUCUUGUUAGUGGAACAUGCACAGCCACAGAUCCAUCAACUUUAUCAUCAAAUGAUUGUUUCUUGGUUUCUGGAUAUACAUAUACAUGGAAUGCAUCAACAAGCAAAUGUGGAGUUUGCACUGCACCUGUUGUUUAACCAAAUAAUACAGAUAAUAAUACAAACAAUACAAAUAAUUAAACAACAACCGAUUCAGGAUAUAUUCUUGGAUUAUCAACAAUCAUUUUGGGAUAUCUCAUGUUCUGA